AUGAAAAAGGUAGAUUAUGUGGAAUGUGAUAUGGAGGGUGAUGUGGAUGGUGAUGUGGAGAGUUGGUUGGAUAUAACUCUUGAAUUCUCUAUCUGCAAUGUGAAAUUCUUUAUACCUCAGGUUUUCUUAGAUAGAGUGGAACGAUUUAUCCAGUUUAUUGCGAUUCAUGAAGAUCAAAUCUUUCAGAAACGAGUCUGCAUUCAGCUGGCUGCAGAAAAUAAUGAAGAGAUUAGAGCAAGGAGAAGAGGAGAAAUGCCUCGAGAACCCCGAGCCUCCCUUGUGGAUAAGGUUAAAUUAGGAGAUCCUGGAUACAAGGAAAGAUAUUAUGCUGAAAAGUUUGGUGUAUCAAAUCUUGAGGAGAUUGAUAAAGUUAGGAAAGAUACCGUCUUGAAAUAUGUGGAAGGCCUUUGUUGGAUUUGUCAGUAUUAUUAUCAGGGUGUCAGCUCAUGGAAGUGGUAUUACCCAUAUCAUUAUGCACCCUUUGCUUCUGAUUUUAAAGAUCUAACUGAUCAGGAAAUAACUUUCUUACCGGGAGAACCAUUUAAACCGUUUGAUCAGCUCAUGGGCACCCUACCUGCUUCAAGUUCAAGUGCACUGCCUAAGAAAUAUAGAGAUUUGAUGACCGAUCCUUCGUCACCUAUUUUUCACUUUUACCCUGCUGAUUUUGAAAUUGAUAUGAAUGGAAAACGAUUUACAUGGCAGGGUGUUGCCAAGCUGCCAUUUAUUGAUGAGAAGAAAUUGCUUGCUGCCACAAGAAAGAUUGAAGACACAUUAACGGAGGAAGAACAGUUUCGGAACAGUGUGAUGCUUGAUUUGCUAUAUGUCAAUCAUGCACAUGAUUUGGCUUCACAUAUCUUAUCUUAUUAUCACGUUUCUAGUCAACUAGCCCCACACGAAAGAUGUGUUAGGCCAAUUGACACAAAUGCUAGCAGUGGUGGGAUGAAUGGAUAUUUUUGGUUAUGUGAAAGAAAUGUUUUCAGCUCUGUUGUAUCUUCUCCCAUCAGAGGAUUGCAAGAUGUUGAAUCUAACCAAGUCUUAAAUAUUACAUUUCUUAACCCUCGUAAACACAAUCAUAUCCGGACACUUCCAGAUGGUGUAGUAAUACCCAACAAGGUAUUAAAAGCCACUGAUAUUAAACCUUUUCCUGUGCUGUGGCAUGAGGAGAAUAUUGUUCAGCGAAUGCAAGCAAGAGAAAGGCCACGAGUAUCUGGAGCCAUCGCUGGAUAUCAGCUGGGAGAAGCAGCUCAUCGACUUGUUAAGAACACCCUCAACAUUAAAUCAAAUGACGCAUCCCAUGGAUUGCUGGAGCAACCUCCAGUCCAUCAUAAAACGAACAGGCUUCGAUCAGCUGGAUAUAGAAAAUAUUAUGGUGAGAACGCAAGUGGUUAUAAUGGACAAUAUAAUCACCAUGGCAUGAUGACUACACCAAAAUAUGGUGGACAUAGUGACAGACAACAUUUUAAGAUACGCGAUAGGUUACAGCGUGAAGAACAGUUCCACAAUGUGAAAACUGAGUUUUCUACUCUAUCGAUGGAUGAAAGAGAGAGAGCCAGGUCAUUAAGGCUUCCAAGUUCCAGACCAAUAGCCAAUUUACAACCCCGGUUUGUGCAGAACAUGGAUCCUUCAAUACCAUCUACAAAAUGGAUGACUAAACCACAACCUACGAAUGGCAUGCCUACUAGGAAUCAAGAAGCUGCAUUGGGGCCAACAACUUAUGAUAAGCAGACCAAGAAGGUUUACCAAGUUAAAAUACGUCAGAUAGAUACACCAGAAUCUGCGAAGCAAUAGUGGUUGUUGUGGAGUUGAUGGCCAGUUGUUAAGCACAAUUUGCGGCUAGGAAUCAGCACUAACUGUUGCUUUGUUCCAUAGUGUGGAACUAUGUUAUUGUGCUGCUGUAUGUAUAAUCAUGUAUCAUGUAGAGCUUACUAGCUUUGCGUAGCAAUUAGCCUGUAUGUACAUACAUACCUGAUGUGAAUAUAAUUUGAUUUGUUUAAUAGGAAAUGAAGGAUAUUUAUCUGGGAUUGUCAUGCCCAGCAGCAUCUCUAUAUGUUGUAUGAGAUAUAGAAACUGUUACAUGGAGGAAGCUGCUCUAGUGACCUUCUCAAUUCUGGUCGGCUUUAUUUGAUGAAAUGUCCAAUAGACUGAAAGACAGGGGUGCUCUUAUCUCUCACGCAUAUUUUCCACCAACCUAAAGGAGUAUGCUGAGUGCUAACGUGUUCUGUAUGUAACCCAUUUAUUCUUCUUUUAUUUUUGGUUCAUAAAUACAAUCAUUUAAAUUUUAAUAUUCUGCAACGGUGAUGUUCCUGGUUCGGUGACUAUUUUUUAUUAUGUCAA